GCACGGAGCAGGGAGACCCAAACGGCGAAGGCAAAAUCUAGGAGCUGCUGCCUCAUUCUCUGCAACAAAGGCCUCUCUGCCUCUCUCUGUGUCUCUCUCUUUCUUUCUCUCUUUAUUCUGAUUCUCUCUGGAUCCCUAUAAAAACCACUUCCUAGGGUUCCCGUUCUCUCUUUCUAUUUCUGUUAUUCAAAUCUCAAAUCCAAAAAACGCUGCCGUUGUACCGUUCUCCCUUCCACAACUCGCCGAAAUGAAGCUCACCGUCAAAACCCUCAAAGGCAGUCACUUUGAAAUUAGGGUUCAGCCUAACGACACCGUUAUGGCUGUGAAGAAAAACAUAGAAGAUGUACAAGGGAAAGACAAUUACCCAUGUGGGCAGCAGCUUUUGAUUCAUAAUGGGAAGGUUUUGAAAGAUGAAACUACCUUAGCUGAUAACAAAGUCUCCGAGGAUGGUUUUCUUGUUGUCAUGCUCAGCAAGAGCAAAUCGUUGGGUUCAGCUGGCACCUCAUCUGCUCAGCCUGCUUCAUCAACUCCAUCUAUAACUGCACCUGCUUCUAAUCCUGCCCCUGCUUCUGAAGCUCCUGCACAAGCACCCGCCUCGAAGGGCACCACAUCUGCUUCAGAUACUGCAACAGCUAAUCCAAAUAUUGAUACCUAUAGUCAAGCUGCUUCGAAUUUAGUUGCUGGAAAUAAUCUAGAACAGACUAUUCAGCAAUUGAUGGAUAUGGGUGGUGGCAAUUGGGAUAAAGAAACAGUAACUCGUGCACUUCGAGCUGCUUAUAAUAACCCAGAGCGAGCAGUGGAUUAUCUAUAUUCCGGGAUUCCUGAAUCAGCAGAAGUGGCUGUGCCAGUGGGUCGUUUUCCUACAAGUCAGAAUACUGAAACUGGUGCAGCCCCUGCUGCUCCUGUUUCAGGGGCUCCUAAUUCAUCGCCUUUAAAUAUGUUUCCUCAGGAAGCACUUUCUGGUGCUGGUGCUGGUGGCCUUGGCUCCCUAGAUUUCCUCAGAAACAACCAACAGUUCCAAGCAUUGCGUUCUAUGGUGCAAUCAAACCCACAAAUUCUACAGCCCAUGCUACAGGAGCUUGGAAAGCAAAACCCCCAGCUUUUAAGACUAAUUCAAGAGCAUCAUGCAGAGUUUCUUCAGCUAAUAAAUGAACCUCUUGAAGGUUCUGAAGGGGAUAUAUUUGAUCAGGCUGAACAAGACAUGCCUCAUGCUAUCAAUGUCACCCCAGCAGAACAGGAGGCUAUUGAACGACUUGAAGCAAUGGGAUUUGAUAGAGCACUCGUCAUUGAAGCCUUUUUGGCUUGUGAUCGCAAUGAGGAAUUGGCAGCAAACUAUUUACUGGAAAAUGCUGGAGAUUUUGAGGAUUGAGGGGGGAAUCUUACCUUAUUUGAUUCAUAGUUUUGGUCGACUUAGAUGGAUCUGAGUUAUGUGUUGACAUGUCUACUUUGGGUACCGUUUGGGAUUAAGCGUGGAAACUAAUUGGGUGUUCUAUCACAAUUGCUUCUGAUAUAGGCUUUAACAAAAUUCAUUUUA